UAACCCGGCCGACACGGCUGUUCAUGCUUCUCAGGGCCAGGCCUCAGGGACACCGGCCUCUGUGCCUGUCACUUGGAGUGUGUGCAUUAGGGUGUCCUUGCUGCUUCCUCCGGGCCAGCAUGUCUCAUACUUGGGAGGAAGUCCACUGCCCAGGGGCCAAUCCUGUCCCCUUCCCAGGUCUUGCCCAGGUCCUGGAAGCAGCACCUUCUUCCCCCAUCCUCAGCUGAACCCAGGGUGGGGCUUUGGGAUCUGCAGGGGUGCCAGGAGCUGUCCUGUGGCAGGCUCCAGGGUCUCCUCCUCCCACCUCUCCCCAAGCACAUCCAUGGACAGGACCCAGAGCUGUGGCAGAAGCACAUACUGCUUGCCCAGACUCAGGAGGGUCUUUCCCCAAAGGGAACCUAGAAGAGGGUCCUGACCUCUGGGAGGGAGGGUCCUCAGGACAUUGUACCCUAUCAGGUUCCCAAAGUGGGAGCUCUGCCCCAUUCUCCAAAGCCCCAGGUGGUCAGAGACAUUUCUGUCUUCCUGUUUGCCUCCACUCUGCCAUGGAGAGGACACCAGUCCCUCAAGGAUCCACAAGCCUUGCCAAGUGACCCUCCUGGCACCCCCCCCCCCCAUCAGGAUAACAUCCCAUGGAGCAGGCCUGGGGGGCGGGCCCUCCAGUCCCAAGGCCACUCCAAUUCCAGUCCCACCAGGCAAGUCAGGCCUCCCCAGGUACAGAUGCCGAGCUGGCCGGGAUAGAUGAAAAGGACCAGGGCAGGGCCCUUGGGAGGGCACCUGUAGAGGUAGGGGCUGGAGCCCAGAGCCAGACGGGCAGGAUGCCUGCAUUUGUGGCAUGCGACGUGUGCUGGGGCACAGCUUAUAAACCUAGAGUGGCUGACAGGACCACCAGGAAGUCUUCCUGGAAGAGGGGAGUCCUGCCUAGCCGUGAGAGAGAGGGACAGGCUCUUUAGGCGCCAGGGGAGGCAGGUGAGGUGAGGCCCAGGUGUCCCUGCCUGAGCCUAUGCCAUCGUCCCCUCCCUUUCCCCAGCCUCCCUACCCCCCAUCCUCCCUGCGGCUCCCUGCGGCCAGCAGCGCUCCCUGCAGCACUCGGCUCCGCUCCACACAGCUCAGCUCCACUCCAGGAAGGCCACCUCCUCCCUGCCCUCCUCCCCCCCUCCUCCUGCUGUCACCACUCACCGCUCAUCGUCUCAAGGGGGUGGGGACCCCAGGGCUGGACACACCCCACCGUGGCCCCAGAGCUCAGCCGGUCGACGGACGCAAGGUCGGACACAGGACCCCGGAGCCUGAGGUGGGCAGUGUGCCAGGGUCCCUCGCAGCCUCCUCAAGCCCCUCCCAGGCUAUGGGUGUCAAGACAGCAUUGCCAGCAGCGGAGCUGGGUCUCUACUCCCUGGUGGUGAGUGGCGCCCUGGCCUACGCGGGCAGAGGUCUCCUUGAUGCUUCACAAGAUGGGGCUCACAGGAAGGCCUUCCGGGAGUCUGUGCGACCCGGCUGGGAGUACAUUGGCCGCAAGAUGGAUGUGGCUGACUUUGAGUGGGUGAUGUGGUUCACCUCCUUCCGCAACGUCAUCGUCUUUGCCCUCUCGGGACACGUGCUCUUUGCUAAACUCUGCACCAUGGUUGCCCCCCAGCUCCGCUCCUGGAUGUAUGCUGUUUACGGGGUCCUGGCCGUGUUGGGCACAAUGGGCCCUUGGUACCUGCUGCUGCUGCUGGGCCACUGCGUGGGCCUCUAUGUGGCCUCACUGUUGGGCCAGCCUUGGCUCUGUCUCGGCCUUGGCCUGGCCAGCCUGGCCUCCUUCAAGGUGGACCCUCUAAUCUCUUGGCAGAGCGGGUUUGUAACAGGCACUUUUGAUCUUCAAGAGGUGCUGUUUCACGGGGGCAGCGGCUUCACAGUACUGCGCUGUACCAGCUUUGCGCUGGAGAGCUGCGCCCACCCUGAGCGCCGCUACUCCCUGGCCGACCUGCUCAAGUACAACUUCUACCUGCCUUUCUUCUUCUUUGGGCCCAUCAUGACCUUCGACCGCUUCCACGCCCAGGUGAACCAGGUGGAGCCCGUGAGGCCUGAGGGCGAGCUGUGGCGCAUCCAGGUCCAGGCAGGCCUCAGCGUGGUGGCCAUCGUGGCCGUGGACAUCUUCUUCCACUUCUUCUACAUCCUCACCAUCCCCAGUGACCUCAAGUUUGCCAACCGCCUCUCAGACAGUGCCCUAGCCGGCCUGGCCUAUUCGAACCUGGUGUACGACUGGGUGAAGUCAGCCGUCCUCUUUGGCGUCGUCAACACUGUGGCACGUCUGGACCACCUGGACCCGCCACAGCCUCCCAAGUGCAUCACUGCUCUCUACGUCUUCGGGGAAACGCACUUCGACCGGGGCAUCAACGACUGGCUUUGCAAGUAUGUGUAUGACCACAUUGGCGGGGAGCACUCUGCGGUGAUCCCAGAGCUGGGAGCCUCAGUGGCCACGUUUGCCAUCACCACUCUGUGGCUUGGGCCUUGUGACAUCGUCUACCUGUGGUCAUUCCUGAACUGCUUUGGCCUCAACUUUGAGCUCUGGGUGCAGAAACUGGCAGAGCAGAGGCCCCUGGCAGGAAUCGAGGCCCGUCUGUCGGAGCAGAUGUCCCGUCGGGUCCGGGCCAUCUUUGGGGCCAUGAACUUCUGGGCCAUCAUCAUGUACAACCUUGUGAGCCUGAACAGCCUGGAGUUCACAGAGUUGGUCACCCGGCGCCUGCUACUCACAGGUGAGAGACUAAAGUGCAGAGACCCCGAACGUGCUGGGUUUCCCACCCAACGGACUGUGACCCCCUUAAAGGUCCCCAUACCCCGUCCCCACCACCAGGGACUCAGCAGGGAGGCUGAGCCACAUCAGGGGAGGGGUGGGAAGAGAAGAGUCACGGAGGCUACACUGCUGCUCGGGGCACUGGUGACCGCCGCCUCCCCCACACAGGGUUCCCCCAGACCACGCUGGCCAUCUUGUUUGUCACCUACUGUGGUGUCCAGCUGGUGA